AUGGAUUUUCAAGAGAUGGAUAAGCCUUCCUUAUCUGCAGAUGAAACCUGGUUCCCUAGGCCAAUUCAAGCCCAAAGGGAUGCAAAAUUACGAGUCUUCUGCUUUCAUGGGGCUGGGAUGGAAUCUUCAAUUUGGACAAGUAGAGGGACUUCUCUUUCGCCGAUGCCGAACCCUUUCAUUGAUUUGGCGCAAACAGACGCCGUUUGUUUCCUCGCAAUCCAACUUCCAUUCAGGGGACUGCGGCGAAAAGAAAAACAUCCUGAAACUAUCCAGGAAGCGGCUAGGCAGAUACUGCAGGCCAUGAAGCCCAUGCUUUCUCCUGGGGAGUGUCCAUAUGUGCUGGUUGGCUAUUCCAUGGGCUGUUGGAUCGCCUACGAGCUCCUAUGCCUCGUGAAGCAGCAGGGCCUCCCUCUGCCGCUUCACUUUGUAGUUGCGGGAAUGGUCAGCCCUGAUCUAGAGGCUUCCAAAAGACCUUGGAAGUGCACGGAGAAACUAGACACGAAAGCCUUUCAGGUUAGAAGAAUCGUUUGGCGGAAAGUGGUGGCCUGGUGUGGUGAUCAGCUGCGCGCAUGGAGUUGCAACGAGAUCCUGUUCCAGAGGGAUAUGUGGACCGCCUACGAGCCUCUUCUGAGGGCGGAUCACAACAUGUUGGACAAAUAUCACUUCACCGACAUGUGCGGCAGUCUCAGUGAGUUUAUGCACAUUGCGCUGACGACUUUUGGUCCUUUGUUUGCUCCUGGAAAACUCUUUGCCUUGUCAUCAGAUGUUCCCUGCUCGGUUUUUCGAGGGAAGGACGACAAGCAACUCGACGACGAUGCACUCUUCCAGGGUUGGUUUGCUCUCCUAGGAAACGGCGGCACCCAUAAAAAUGGAAGCUCCAACACCAACCACAAGCACAACAGCGUGAAGCUGUUGGAGGGAAAUCACGGAUUGAUAUUUGAUGCGGAGAGGAGAAAAAAAUUUUUCUCGCACAUUGUCGAUAUUCUUGACGGCCUCCUACUAAACAUUGAAUAUGGGCAUUGA